AUGGAGGGACCACCCACCCAUCACUUCAUGGCGGGGAAGUCUCUGGCCUCUGUGCUGAGUGAACUCCCCAGUGCUGCCACCCUGCGCUACCGUGGCCCCGGGGUGCCGCCCUGGGGGGCCCUGGAGGGGGAGGAGGAGAGAAGCGGCAGGCAGACCCCGGCAGCGGCCACCCCGGCAGAGCUGGAGGAGCCACAGGCCCCGCGGGCGCUGCCCUGGCCCAUGGCGGCCCGCCGGGCGCACAGGCAGAGCCAGGCCUGGGACCAGACAGCCCACGGCUCGGAAUCCCGCACGACCCGCUGGGCCAGGCUGCUCCGCGGGUCCCGGGAGAAGACGAGGAAGUGCAUCCACAGGCUGAAGCCCUGGGCAUGGACCCUGAAGAGGAUCGGGGGACAGUUCGGCGCCGGCACCGAGUCCUACUUCUCGCUUCUGCGUUUCCUGCUGUUUCUCAACCUGCUGGCCGUGCUGCUGGUGGUCUGCAUGGUGCUGUUGCCCACCUGGCUGGACGGGGCUCCCCCGGGGCCCCCGGCCCCUGACCCCUCCUCACCCUGCGGGACCUACAACCCCCGCUCCCAAGGCCUGGUCACCUUCCUCUCCCAGCUCUUCAACUUACUCUCCGGAGAGGGUUACCUGGAAUGGUCCCCCCUCUUCUACGGCUACUUCCCGGCCCGCCCGCGCCUGGCCGUGCCCUACCUGUGCUCGGCCUUCGCCAUCAGCCUCCUCAGCCUCGUGCUCAUCUUGUACCGCUCCGUGUCCGGUAUGAAGCAGAUGCUGCUGGCCGAGUCGGGGACUCUGACCAGCUACAGCCACCGGGUGUUCACCGCCUGGGACUUCGGCCUCCGCGGGGACGUGCACGUGCGGCUGCGCCAACGCAAGAUCCUGUAUGAGCUGCAGGUGGAGCUGGAGGAAGCCGUGGUGCGGCGCCAGGCCGCGGGGCGCACGCUGGGCCAGACGGUGCGCCUGUGGGCGGUGCGCGCGCUGCUCAACCUGCUGGUGCUGGCGCUCCUGGGCGCGGCCUUCUACGGCGUCUACUGGGCCACGGGGUACACCGUGCAGCUGCAGGAGACGCCCCUGGUGCAGCAGACGCCGCUGCUGCAGCUCGUGGUCAACUUCCUGCCGUCCGCGUUCAUCUCGGCCGUCAACUUCGUGCUGCCCCCGGUGUUCAAGCUCAUCGCCCCCCUGGAGGGCUACACGCGGGGCCGCCAGAUCGUCUUCAUCCUGCUGAGGACCGUGUUCCUGCGCCUCGCCUCGCUGGUCGUCCUGCUCUUCUCCCUCUGGGCGCAGAUCACCUGCGGCGGCAACGCCGAGGCCAAGAGCUGCCAGGGCUGCGGCUACAACAAGGAGCUUCCGUGCUGGGAGACCCGGGUGGGCCAGGAAAUGUACAAGCUGCUGCUCUUCGACCUGCUGACCGGCCUGGCCGUCACGCUGCUCGUCCAGUUCCCUCGCAAGCUGCUGUGCGCCCGCUGCCCCGGCGCCCUGGGCCGCCUGGCGGGGACCCUGGAGUUCGAGGUGCCCAGCGAGGUGCUGGGGCUCAUCUACGCGCAGACGGUGGUCUGGGUGGGCACCUUCUUCUGCCCUUUGCUGCCGCUGCUCAACACGGCCAAGUUCCUGCUGCUCUUCUACCAGAAGAAGGUGACGCUCUUCGCCACCUGCUCGCCGGCCUCGCGCACCUUCCGCGCCUCCACCGCCAACUUCUUCUUCCCGCUGGUGCUGCUGCUGGGCCUGGCCGUGUCGGCGGUGCCGGUGCUCUACAGCAUCUUCCUCAUCCCGCCGUCCAGGCCGUGCGGGCCCUUCCGCGACCUCCCGUCCAUGUGGGCGCAGAUCCCGCGGGCCAUCGAGGGCCUCCCGCAGGCCACCCAGGACUUCCUCUUCUUCCUGGGCACGCAGGCGUUCGCCGUGCCCCUGCUGCUGGUGUGCAGCAUCCUGCUGGCCUACACCGUGGCCGUGGCCAACUCGUACGGGCGCCUCAUCUCGGAGCUGCAGCGGCAGAUCCAGACGGAGGCGCAGAACAAAGUCUUCCUGGCGCAGCGCGCCGUGGCGCUGAGCGCGGCCCAGGGGUGAGCGCCGGGGUCCAGAGGGCGCCCUG